AUGGUGAAGCCUUCUCCUGAUCGUUCCGCUAUCGUUCGUCUGCACAAAGCCGGUCGCCCACCCGCCACGAUCGCUAAGCACCUCGGCAUCCGUCGCAGCGUCGUGUAUCGCACACUCCAACGUUAUCGAAACCUUGAUGGAAUCCAAGACCGCCGAAGAAGUGGAAGAAAUCGUACUGCUCGCACGCCGAUGGUCGUCGAGGUCGUCAUAAAGCGGAUAGCAAGAAACGCGACUCGGAGCAUCUCGACAAUUGCUCGCGACAUGGGAAUCUCGCGGAAGUCAAUGGAAGGGGUCGUCCACGGAGAUCUUAAGAUGUACCCCUACCGUACUCGGGAGGCUGCUAUCUUCAGCUCCUCGGUCAGCGGAUCAGCAGGUGCGAGUCAAAAAGUGCCGACACCUUUUGCUUCGGACGCGCAACAAGGGCCACCAUUUGAUCGUCUUUUCGAGUGA